UGAUCUGUAGUUUACUGUUUAUUAGCGGUUUGCACAAGUAACUACUACUACUGUCUGUGUGGGGUUUGUUGCCUUGAAUCUUUUAGUUCUUUACCCAUUCGAUCAGCUCGAGUUAGCGAAACUGCGGACGUCUUCUUGUGACUGCACUGUUACAGUUUCCACUUCCCACUGUACGAGGACUGCAGGUGCAAGCUAGACUAACGUCGCUGUGAAAUACGUCCGUUGCGACCACCUGAACAGCGACUGCGAAGGGCCCUGGCCUGAGCCAAAAUAAUUGUUUAUAUUCGUGUUUGCCUGGCGAAACGCGGUGGGUUGAUGAGAUGGCGGCACACGAGCAGAUAGCACAGACCUUCUGUAACCAAUACUACACUACCUUCGACACGAAUCGCGUCGCCGUUGGCUCCUUCUAUGCUCCCACUGCAGUACUGACGUUUGAAGGAGUAGCAGUUACCGGCCCGGAGGCCAUCGUCGCAAAGUUGAGUACAUUAACCUUCCAGCAAGUUCAGCACUGCGUGACAACAAUGGAUGCUCAGCUAACCAGUGCUGGUUUACUUGUUGUCGUGGUCGGUCAACUAAAGGCCGACAGUGACCAAGUCCUAGGUUUUACGCAGACGUUUCACUUGGCUGAGGUUGACGGGUCUCUGUUUAUCGCCAAUGAUGUCUUCCGGCUAACACUGCACCACGGAUAAGCUGCAGGCCCUAACUUGGCAGUGCAUCCGUCUAGCUCUCAUCACCAAACAAAUUUACUAGUGCAUUGAAAUGUGAAAACCGUUUUCUUAACUGUAUUUUUUCAUUUGAUUGGUGCCCUGUUGUAGUUUAGCCUUAUGAACAGCUUUCCUGCCUCGUGUCGCGGCUGUGAACCUUUGUCAGGUGUUCCUCAGUGUUGAAGUACCAGAGCUGACAUGCACACACACUGGGAGUGUUGUGUCGGCGUUGCUCACUUCCACAUCUGUGUGUGUGUGUGUGUGUCACGGUGUGUGUGUGGUGUGUGUGUGUGUGUCACGGUGUGUGUGUGGUGUGUGUGUGUGUGUGUGUGUGUGUGUGUGUGUGUGUGUGUGUGUGUGUGUAUGUGACCUGGUGAUCAGACAGUUGUUCAAAACAUUUUAGCCCAAAGAUGUGCAAAAAUUAAUCGGUUAAUUUUAACCCACAUCUCAUGGCCUGCGCCAUCUAAUAAUCUUCAUAUAUUUUGCUGCUGUAGCUGUAACAUGGGGUGAUCAUUUUACUGGUUUAUACCAUAUUGCCGCUGGCAUUGUGAAUUUGGUGUCUUUUGA